AUGGGCCAAUCCAGCGACAACGCCAUCAUGUACGAGGUCAGAGAGACGGAGUUCAAAGGGCAAGGCGUCUUUGCAACCCAGAACAUCUCACCGGGAACGGUGAUCGUCCAAGAAAGCCGUCUGAUGGAGGUAGCGAAGACGGGCGACGAAUAUACGCAGCACGACCUCGAAGACGCUUUUGCCGUCCUCCUCGAAUCCGAGCGCCAAUCCGUCCUCGCCCUCUCCGCAUCCUCACGACCUGCCGACGAGCCUCUCCUGACACAGAUCAUGAAGUCGAAUGCGUUUGGUGAUGGCACGUCCACUUGGCUGCAUCCCACCAUCUGCAGAAUCAACCACAGCUGCAUUCCCAAUGCCACUUCCCACCACGACGAAUGCUGUCUAGGAGACGUGGCACAAAUUAUCGCCGAAAGAGAGAUUUGCGCGGGAGAAGAGAUAUGCAUCAGCUAUAACAGUCAAAUGCACGAACUGUGCACCGCAAAAGAACGCUCGGUCCUCCUACGCAACCAGUACGGCUUUAACUGCUACUGUCCCGCUUGUUCUCCACUCGCAACAAAAGAUGUCACUACGAAACAACAACAGCAUAUCAGUGAUACCCGUCGCCGCCUCAUCGCGGAAUUACUUCACCGUCUGACCGGCUUACACUUCCCACCCCACGCCCGCCAAAUCAUGCAGUCGAUCUCCACGACCGGAGACGAUAUCAUGUCCAUUCCCAAAGAAGAUCUAGCAGCCGAACAAGGCUCUCCCUCUCCCCUCUCCGACUCCCAACGAUACGUCUACUUCCUCCUUCUCGCGCACCUCCGACGGGCCGAAGGACUCGAAUCUCAAGAAAUUUCCAACAGCUACUGGCUCGCCGCCGAAGCUCUUCUCCGUCAACUCAUGACACUCCCCGAUGUGGUAAUCCUCGACUGGGCCGCUCAAAUCAAACAUCUCAUGGAAUUGGCCAUCGAGGUGUUAGAUCGUGUCCGAGAUCCUUUCGAUCAUGACCCUCAGAGAUUACGAAACGAAUGGGGUAAUAUGCAAAAGAAAAUGCGAUUGAAAGCGAGCUUGACUUUCUUGGACAGCGAAGCCUCUUCCAUCGUCCCCGGUUCCGCGGACGAUAUACCCUUUGCACUACGAAUUUUCCCGGAUACAAAACGCAUUGAAGUCCUCUCCGAAAUGGAAUGCAAUGCCAUUGUGCGACAAAACUAUGCACCUGUAUCGCAAGAAGACCCCAUUCCCAAAAAGGCAAAGAAACCACGGAGCGACAACGCAUACGUCAAUUUCUACGAAGAUGUCAAGUCGGCGUGCUGGAACAGUAGUAAAACGACUAAAUUCGGUGCUGCUAUGACUUGUCUGGCUCCGGUGCUAGCUGCGUACUGGUAUGCUGUUGCAUGA